AGCAAUUGGAACGCUUGAGAGCAAGUUGACUGGCACUCUGGACGGACUGUCUUGGCUCUCUACCCUCACCAACCUGCAAGCACUGAUAAUACAGGAUAAUGCAUUGACAGGGAAACUUUCCUCCUUGCACAUUCUUUCACACCUGGAAAAUCUUCAGCAGCUAGAUCUUAACACGAUCAAUAACGCCACAGGGGAGCUACCCAGAGAGAUUCGAUACCUGACUGCUCUUACUGGACU